AUGUAUGUAUCUAUCUAUCUCAGUCUAUUCAUAUCAUCUAUCUAUCCAUCUAUCUAUCUAUCUAUCUAUCUAUCUAUCUAUCUAUCUAUCUAUCUUAGACUAUUAAUGGUGUAUUUAUGUAUGUAUCUAUCUAUCUCAACUAUUAAUGGUGUAUUUAUGUAUGUAUCUAUCUAUCUCAGUCUAUUCAUAUCUAUCUAUCUAUCUAUCUAUCUAUCUAUCUAUCUAUCUAAGACUAUUAAUGAUGUAUUUAUGUAUGUAUCUAUCUAUCUCAGUCUAUUCAUAUCUAUCUAUCUAUCUAUCUAUCUAUCUAUCUAUCUAUCUAUCUAUCUAUCUAUCUAUCUUAGACUAUUAAUGAUGUAUUUAUGUAUGUAUCUAUCUAUCUCAGUCUAUUCAUAUCUAUCUAUCUAUCUAUCUAUCUAUCUAUCUAUCUAUCUAUCUAUCUAUCUUAGACUAUUAAUGGUGUAUUUAUGUAUGUAUCUAUCUAUCUCAUCUAUUCAUCUAUCUAUCUAUCUAUCUAUCUAUCUAUCUAUCUAUCUAUCUAUCUAUCUUAGACUAUUAAUGGUGUAUUUAUGUAUGUAUCUAUCUAUCUCAUCUAUUCAUAUCUAUCUAUCUAUCUAUCUAUCUAUCUAUCUAUCUAUCUAUCAUCUAUCUAUCUAUCUUAGACUAUUAAUGGUGUAUUUAUGUAUGUAUCUAUCUAUCUCAGUCUAUUCAUAUCUAUCUAUCUAUCUAUCUAUCUAUCUAUAUCUAUCUAUCUAUCUAUCUAUCUAUCUUAGACUAUUAAUGGUGUAUUUAUGUAUGUAUCUAUCUAUCUCAACUAUUAAUGAUGUAUUUAUGUAUGUAUCUAUCUAUCUCAGUCUAUUCAUAUCUAUCUAUCUAUCUAUCUAUCUAUCUAUCUAUCUAUCUAUCUAUCUUAGACUAUUAAUGAUGUAUUUAUGUAUGUAUCUAUCUAUCUCAGUCUAUUCAUAUCUAUCUAUCUAUCUAUCUAUCUAUCUAUCUAUCUAUCUAUCUAUCUAUCUAUCUUAG